AUGGCUAAUUAUCAUGAUCAUGAUGCUUUUCCACCGUUGACAGCAAAUAAACAACCACAGCAUUACAAUCAAAAUGAAUCGAACAUCAUCAAGAAGAUCUUUGAACAUCUGUUCGAUGUUAUUGAUAAGAAAUUUCAGCAGUUAACCAAACAACUGAAAAAAGAAAUUAAUUCAUCUAUACGAUAUCAACAACAACAAAAACAAGAACUAGAAGUAGAAGACGAAGACAAAGAAACCUAUUUAGAAGAAUACGAAUUCGACGAUAUUCGUACAACAAUACAAGCAGAACAAGAAGAACAAGCAAUUGAAGUUGAUUCCAACAUUGAAGGACAUCAGGUAAGAUCAACUCCAGCAUCAUGA